CUGCUGCUCCUCCUUGUCCUUCCCCUCUUUUCUCUCUCUUCUUCUUCUUUUCUUUACCUCUGGUCUCUCCUUUGCUUUGCUCUCCUUCGAUCUAACCAGACUUACCGAUUAGUCACUACUCCCAGCUUCCUGAUCCAUCCUCGUUCCCUUCCUCGGCUUAGAACCGUUAUCGCCGACCGUCCCGGCUGCCUCCACCGGAGAUCAUCUUCCCACCAUGAAGCCACCCACAUCCUCCUUGCUGAGGUUCCUCUUCCUCCUGGCUGCUCCGCUUGUCUCUCAGGCUGCCUCCGAUUCUUCUGCUCCGAAGGAUGGUCUCUCUCCCUGCGUCGUUCGCUCUCCCACGACCGGCUUAUUCUACGAUCUCAACACCAUCUCCUUAUCUCCGCCCCCAGUAGACGGGGACAAACCUCGCAAAGGCGCCCGAGACGAGAGUUGGCACGCCAGAGGACACGACUACAAUGCCAACUUUACGUUAAAUAUCUGUGCGCCCGUGGUCGAAGAUAUCAAGGAUGUGGUGGGAGUGGACCGCGCAAGGUGGAGGAAUGUUAGCGCCUACUACGAGAGGGAGGGUAAAGUCUACUCCAUUGGUCAACAAGCAUCAGACCCCUUCUUCCGCGGCCGAAAGCUGGUCAUGAACUAUACCAAUGGCUCCCCUUGUGCUGGCGACUACAUCGGAAAUGCCGCCCGCACCAAAUCCACUAUCAUGUCGUUCCUUUGUGAGCGCGACACCCCUGCCUCCCAGGCGACGGUCUCCUUUGUCGGCACCAUGGACCAGUGCACAUAUUUCUUCGAAGUUCGAAGCUCUGCCGCUUGUGGCGCGACCGCGCCCACACCGGAUAACCCGGGUCUUUCGCCAGCCGGCGUUUUCGGCGUAAUUGCCUUGAUUGCCGUGGCAGCGUACCUGGUCGGUGGUUGCGCAUACCAACGAACUGUCAUGCACCAGCGCGGCUGGAGACAGUGCCCGAACUACAGUCUUUGGGCGGGAAUGCUCGACUUCAUCAAAGUAAGUAUACUGGCGUUAAUCCCGUUCCGACGUCAUUGCUCGAGCAGGCCUAGCAAAGACGACAUGAUCAUCAUCCUCUUCUCCUCCCUAGCCCGCCUCCUCCGCUUAAAACGCUCCCCAACUCUCGGCCACGGUCACACCCGCGGUAACAGCGUCAACCACCGCGGCAGUUUCGGCCGUCGAGGCAGUGACGUGGAUGCCGAAAAUCGAUUGAUAGAUCAGUUAGAUGAGGAGUGGGAGGAUUAAAAAUCUGUUUGUUAACUAGCUUCGUUUGUUUCUGGGAUUUAUAGCGCAACUAUAUGAUAUAUCGCUGCCUGCAUUGGUUGUAUUUUGUUGUACAACGUCCGAUUAUCAUAUGGAUGUUGCAAGCAUGCGUGGAUUGAUUGAUUGAUUGGUUGAUCAAGGUGGCUCCUGUUUUAUAGCGUGUUUGAGUAUUACUACUACGAAG